AUGAAGUGUGUGCACUCCGAUCCCCAGAACACGAGUCAUACCAUUAUGACUUUUUACCCCACCAUGGAAGAAUUUACAGAUUUCAACAAAUAUGUUGCUUACAUGGAGUCCCAAGGCGCACACCAAGCUGGCCUUGCCAAGGUAAUUCCACCCAAGGAAUGGAAAGCCAGAAAGACUUACGAUGAUAUCGAAGACAUCUUAGUAGCCACUCCCCUCCAGCAGGUGACCUCUGGGCAGGCAGGGGUGUUUACUCAAUACCAUAAAAAGAAGAAAGCCAUGACCGUGGGGAAGUAUCGCCACUUGGCAAACAGUAAAAAACAUCAGACUCCACCACACCAGAAUUUUGCAGAUUUGGAGCAACAGUACUGGAAGAGCCACCCCGGUAAUACACCAAUUUUUGGUGCUGAUAUCAGCGGCUCCUUAUUUGAAGAAAGCACUAAACAGUGGAACCUAGGACACCUGGGAACAAUUCUGGACCUGCUGGAGCAGGAAUGUGGGGUUGUCAUCGAGGGUGUCAACACACCCUACCUGUACUUUGGCAUGUGGAAGACCACGUUCGCUUGGCACACGGAGGACAUGGAUCUUUAUAGCAUCAACUACCUGCACUUUGGGGAGCCCAAAACUUGGUACGUGGUGCCCCCAGAACAUGGUCAGCGGCUGGAACGUCUGGCCAGGGAGCUCUUCCCAGGCAUUUCCCGGGGCUGUGAGGGCUUCCUGCGGCACAAGGUGGCCCUCAUCUCACCUACAGUUCUCAAAAACAAUGGGAUCCCCUGCAAUUGCAUGACUCAGGAGGCUGGGGAGUUCAUGGUGACCUUUCCCUAUGGCUACCAUGCUGGCUUCAACCAUGGCUUCAACUGCGCAGAGGCCAUCAACUUUGCCACUCCACGAUGGAUUGAUUAUGGCAAAGUGGCUUCACAGUGUAGCUGUGGGGAGGCGAGAGUGACCUUUUCCAUGGACGCCUUCGUACGCAUCCUGCAGCCAGAGAGCUAUGAGCUCUGGAAACACAAGCAAGACUUGACGGUUGUGGAUCACACAGAGCCCAGGGUUGUGGAAAGCCAAGAGGUGAGCACCUGGAGGGAGGACAUAGUACUUAGAAGAGCUGCUCUGGGCCUGAGGCAUCUCCGGAACCACAUAACCAGCUGUCCCAUACAAACUGUGGCCCCAGGGCUCUGUUACAAGCCAAAGGGCCAUGGCACCAAUGCUGUGCCUGGAUCUGCAUUCCAAACCCUGGAGACGUCAGCCCGGAUUCUUCCCCCUUCCACUGGAAGGCGGGGUCGUGGUCGCCGUCCUCAAGAACUGGGGACUGAGGCGACUGUUCAGUCUGCAGCUAAGAGGCACCUCUCAGUGGGGACAGGGAGCAGAGCUCCAGGCCGUAAACCUCAGCUCCAGUUCCCCGAUGAAGCUUUGACAGACAAACCCGCACCUUUGAGCAGUGGCCUUCCGCAUUUUGCCAAGGCUUCUGGCUGCUGUUGUGCCCCUGAUCUUCAACCCCUGGGGCCCCCACUGGAUCCUGAUGAACCCAUGCACCCUGGCCCCUGCCUACUAUCCCUCGACAGCACUGCUACUAGUCUUCCUGAUGUUGUCACCAUGACUCCUUCCAAUGUCACUGUGCCUUUGAUUACGUUGUCCAGGGACACCAGUGGGGACUGGAAAUCCCCGGUGAACCUGGCCAAGGUUGCAGCAAUGGACCACUCUUAUGCCUCUAGGGUUCUGACCCCAGCUGAGUUUUCCAGGAUCUCCUGGGCCCCUGACUCAUCUGCUGGGGCUAAAGACAGGCAGAGAUAUGAUGCUAAAUCUGGGGAUAUUUUCCUCCAGUGCAUGAUCAAUCCUCUGGACCCAUGGCUAUUGAAUAUGGUGCCAAAUGUCAAGUGA